AUGCCUCUUUUAGGUUCUGGUCAAUAUAUUCCAAGACCGUGUACAAAACAAUGUUUCUUGCGAAGCCUAGGAGAGCUCAGAAAUCUUCGGGUUCUAGCACUAGAAUAUUCCCACUUAGCUGACGGAACUGGAGGGGCGCUGCUGUCUUUAUUACCGGUACUAAAGAAACCAAACUUCAGGUUACAGUUGGUGUGUAGAGAGACACAAAUUCCCGGAUGCACAGAUGCAGCGCUCGGUGCUGGGGGACAUAUCAUACCCGAUACAGCAUGGAGACAGGUCACCAAGGCUUGUCCCGAUCUGUAUUUGUUGGUGGCUUUCUUCAGAGUACGGGACUAUGACAAUGUGAGGCGCUUCUUGUCACCUAGUAUGUGUAUACGCGAAGUGCACUUACAACUUGGCAUCGAUCUGAAGAUGAAACAGCGCCAAGACUCUGACAUUAGCUGCUUCGUUCGGCACAUAGCUUACCGAUACGCUGACACUAUGAUUACCCUAAGCAUCCAUCAGUGGCGGUGUGCCGUGUUUCCCCUACGUCGUGUGUUCGAACUGAUGCCACAUCUGGUGCGAUUUUACUAUGUCGGUCGUGUUGAAGAUGAGGUCGAUUUAAAAAGGAUGUUUGAACUGAUUUCAUACGGUGUUUGUGACAAGUUGAAGCAGCUGAGGAUUCAAAUACAAGAUGAGGAAUUAAAAAGAACCUAUUGGCAAGACGUUGUACAUUUUUUGAACAAAGAAUAUGCCGAAAUUAUGGUUCUAUAUAACAUUGACCUAUGCCUAAGCAUAUAUAAAAACUAA